CCAAACAACUCCUUUUCCUUCAUCUUCCUAUCGCUUAUACGUGGGAGGGCAAGGCAAAGAUAACCCUAACUACUUGGAUCAUGUCUGGGAUGUACGGUCAAGAUGGCGAAUCUGCACCUCCAUCGUACGGAGGUUAUGGCGGUGGCAGCGCUGGUGGUUAUGGUGGCGGCAGUGGCGGCGGCGGAGGAGGAGGAGGAUAUGGAGGAGGGGCUAGUGGCGGAGGCUACGGAGGUGAUGGUGGUUAUGGCGGCAGUGGAGGCGGCCGCGGAGGUCAUGGCGGUAGAGGUGGCGGCAGAGGGUAUGGUGGUAAUUCGCAAAAUCGCGGUGGUGGUGGUGGAUAUCAAGGAGGAGAUCGUGGAGGAAGAGGCGGUGGAGGUGGUGGCAGAGGAGGUGGCCGAGGUGGAAGCGGAAGGGACGGUGAUUGGCUGUGCCCUAAUCCAAGCUGUGGCAAUUUGAACUUUGCAAGAAGAGUGGAGUGUAACAAAUGCGGCACUCCUUCCCCUUCUGGUGCCAACAAUGAUCGUGGAAAUGGUGCUGGAGGAGGAUAUAACAAGGGAGGAAGUGGUGGAGGAUAUGGUGGUAAUCGAGGGGGUAGAGGUGGUAAUUACGAUGGUAAUAGAAGCAACAAUUACAGUGAUGGGGGACGAGGUGGUAGUUAUGAUAAUAGGAGUGGAGGUGGCAGCAGAGGGGCCUCUUAUGGUGGUAAUCAAGGAAGAGAUAAUGGUGCUUAUAACCAGAUACCUCCCCCUGCACUCCCGUCUUAUGGUAGUGGUAGUGGUAGUGCUAGUGGUAGCUAUCCACCACCUCCUAACUCAUAUGGUGGCAAUACAAAUUAUGGAAUGGAAGCAGUUCCUCCCCCUACAAGCUACACUGGUGGACCUACAUCUUAUCCACCAUCUUAUGGUGGUCCUGUAAGUGGUUAUGGUGGUGAUGUUCCAGCUGAUGUGAGGACUGGUGGGCGAGGUGGCCAACCAGGUGGUCCUCGGUAUGAGGGAAGUGGUGGGUAUGGUGGGGCUGCUGCUGCUGGUGCCCCAGCUAAAAUUAAGCAGUGUGAUGAAAACUGUGAUGAUACUUGUGACAACUCUAGAAUAUACAUAUCAAAUUUGCCCCCAGAUGUGACUACUGAGGAAUUGAGAGAACUCUUUGGCGGCAUUGGACAAGUUGGAAGGAUUAAGCAGAAGCGUGGCUAUAAAGAUCAAUGGCCCUGGAAUAUAAAAUUAUACACAGAUGAGAAGGGAAACAAUAAAGGAGAUGCAGUUUUGUCUUAUGAAGAUCCAUCUGCUGCACAUUCUGCUGGCGGUUUUUACAACAAUUAUGAUAUGAGAGGUUAUAAAAUCAGUGUUUCAAUGGCAGAGAAGUCAGCACCAAGGUCUCAACCUUCAUACGACCAUGGAGGUGGUAGAGGUGGCUAUGGCGGAGGUGAUCGGCGCCGGGAUAGUUACAGAGAUGGAGGCUCUGGCCCAGAUAGGCACCACCAUAGUGGAAAUCGUUCACGUCCAUACUGAGAAUUUCAGCUUCUGAGCUUUUUAUGUACUAAAUUGUGAUCUGAGGGAUUUAAUUGUGUUCCAUUUCCUUAGGGGGGUUUCUUAAACUGGAGACUAAGAGGUAGGUGUUCACUUACACUGAGCAAUACCCCUUUUUCUCCUUUUUCUGUUUACUCACUCGUGGAGGGGUUUCUGUUUUAGGCAUGGGAUUGAUUUUAAUUGUGUGAAUGUUUUUAUAGAGGCAAGUGGAUUAACUCCAAAUUUCUUGCUGCUAAGGUAGGUUGAUAUUUUCAGGUGAGUGCAGCUCUUUCAAAAUCUCAUUUUAUCCUUAUUUCGAAUGCAGGGUGGUCAAUCAUGUUAAUUUUUCUUUUGCAUGCCUGAAAUAGAUGUUUGGCCUUGGAACUUAUAUUAUUUGCAUGAAUAUAUUGGUAGGUGACUAGGCAAGAAAGCAUUGUACCAACAAUAAUUCUAGUUUGGGCUAUUUUUCGCUUAAUUCAUUUAUUGGUUGGAAGAUACCAAUGCAAAACAUUUUGUUUCUUAGAGAUUUUAUUAUAGUUCAAGUUUCUUGUUGAAAUUUCUUACUGUGGGAUAUGAAAAGCGAAUUGGAUAAUCGUGGGAGAAAACAUAACACAAUCUCGAGGAAAUAUGUCCCCCCUUCCUUUUCUUCCUUGCCUAUAUUUUGUAGACAUAUGGUAUUUUGGUUAUCUUAUUUUGAAGCAAUACUGUGAUACCAUGUUCUGUUUAGUUAAAAUGCUAGUAUCACCUUGAGAACUUCAAGUUUUUGAAAGGAGUAAAACUAAUUUCAUAAAAUCUCACGCAGUUAUGUUGUGACAUUUCUUUAUGUAUAGCAACUCAUUUUUAGAAUUUAAGUGUGUUGAAAGAAGUAACACGCUGAUUUCAUAAGAUCUUGUUAUGUUUUUAAUCAUACUAGGUGGUUUUACUUUUCAGUUUCCAGUUAAUACAUCCAACAUAAAUGAACACAACACACAUCACUGUUGUUGAAUCUGUGCGGAUGGGUGCUUUCUCGGGCUUUGGGGGAACUGUUUAAGGGUAAUUUAAUGCAGAAUUUGUAGCUGUUGUAACAUAUAUUAGGAAUGCUGGGUAAGGUUGUAGUUUUUGCCAUUUUCUACAUAAAUGCCUGUUGGAGCCCAUAAUUUGGUAUUGAACAAGACAAAUGUGGAUCUGGUGCUGGGACGGGUGGUUUUUUGCUUUUGGAGCUUCAAACUUUCUAAUCACUAUUAGGCUGUGGGAGGCAAUCCGUUCUGCAUGAAUGGUGAUUCGUGGGGUUACUUGAAUAUUCUUACUGGCUUUUAGAGGAGUUUGCGUUGGAUAUGUUUUAUAGAUUUGAUGAAGAUUAGCAAUGAAAUUAUUUCGUGUACAAAAUUGUGCUCAAUGUAAGUUUUGUUGUUUUAUGAACUAUUGGCACGGUAUGUCUCGCUGGGAAAGUAAUGUGAUCCAUAUUGAACUUUUGGCCA